ACAGAAGGUACACAGAUCUCGAGCUGCGCCAUUUCUGCUAAAACUUUUGGCUCGCGCACUGUGGCCACUGCGUGAACUUUCCGACGGAGUUGUUCUUCUUUUAAGAUAAGGAUUCGAUUUAUUCUUGGAUCUCGACGUCGUUUUCUCUCCUCUGAUAAAAUCAUCCCGUUAGCCGAGAGGUGUUGCUGUUUCGAAAUCUUUUUUUUUUUUUAUUGUUGUUGCGUUAUCAGGCGUGGAAGGAAGCCAUUUUGGACGCUCCGUUUCUCAUGUAUCCUCCUCCAUCCAGCAGCUUUGAGAUCAUGUUGGGUGAAACGCUCGGCAUCGAACCGAGCCUAGACAACGUCGAGAACAACGAACCGAGUCUGCUAAUUUCCUAUGGAAAUCUGAACAAGCCUACCAGACGAGCUCUGCUCAAGAACGGAGGGCACAGGGUACGAUUACAGAGCAGGAAUGUCCAUAAUCAGGCUCAACAGCACCAUAGACAAGCGGUGGUGCUGAGGAAUAACACUGUACGUUUAACCGACAUCAUCAACAACAACAGCAGUGAUGAUAAACCCGCACCACAGAGCAAUAACACCGAGCUUCCGGCCAACAGAACCCUACCGAAUGCAUCAACACACUUCAGACCAACAUCCAAGAAAGAGCUGCUGAAAUCAAAAGCAGGAAGGGGAGAAAGAGUAAAUCAGCCAAGUAGACUGUCUCCACACAGCGCAGACAAACACGAGCCAUGCGUUCCUAACCUGAACACACGCUCCCACAAGAGCAGGCACACCAAAUGUGAGAACAGGGAUAGAAGGAGGCCUCUGAGCUCAGCAGACGCUCCAAGAAUCACAAACGGCGAACUCUCGUCUGAGGAUAGUCUUAAAGAUGCAGAGAAGACCUAUGCUGGAGCCAAGUUCAGUGAGCCACCUUCACCGAGUGUGUUGCCCAAGCCUCCGAGUCACUGGGUGGGUGAAAACAUCCCCAAACAUUCCGACAGCAGCCGGGAGCAGAUGUCCGUACAUCUGAAAACCAUACUGAAGGUCCAGUCCAAGCCGUGACUCCCGUUAUGAAAACAACAAUAAAAUCUUGGAUAUUUCAGCUGAAGAGUAAACACCUUCACAGCAGAAAAAAACUAGCAUUGGAUUCUCAGGCAAAAGAAAAUUGUACUAAAUUGUCUCCAGGCAGUCAGAAACAAAGCUUGGAAGCAUGUUGCAACAGGACGUGUUGAGGUUUGAUUGUAAUAUCAAAAAUGUCUCGCUUUUCUCUUUAGAAAGAGACCUUGUGUUAAUUUUUUUUUUAAAACUUGUGUAAAUACUGUAAAACAUGUAAUAUAUGUGUAAAUUUUUUGGAUGUUAUUUUAACAGAAGAGUAAAUCUAGUUUUGUUACUGAAGCUUAUGAUGUUUUCAUCACGAUCUGAUGGAAUGCUCUUUGCAAGUGAGCGAGGCGUAGCGAGCCGUCUCGGGACGACGCACAUUACAUGUGAAAGGUUUGCUUAGUUUUGCACAAGACUGAAAAACCAACACGGGUCCCUUUUAAGAUGUGAGGAUGAACUAGUGCACGGUGCUACAGCUGAAUGCAUUUUUCUACGUCAUGGACUGUCCUGGAAAAGGGAUGCAGCUGAUGAAAGGGAGUGGAAGUUUAAAACGAAAGGACUGUGGUCUAUUUUGUGGAACACUGCCUAACUGAAUUGAACGGACAAAUCACAAACAGCACUUCUGAAAACAAAAGAUUUUGUUAAACCAGUCUGCAAGCAUCUUUCUGGUAACCGACACAUUUUUCAUUCUGUAGCAAUUAAGAAUGUUGUAUUUUGACAGGAAAUGUUUACUGUGAGAGAAGGUUUUUGUGGUUGUGACGUGUUUUCAUGUCUGUGGAGAAAAGCCAGGCAUCUUCCAUCAUCCCUCUUUUUUUUUUAUUUCUUUUCUUUUCUUUUGAACUAAACUUUCACUAAACCCAAGACAUUUUUUGUAUUCGCAAAAAUCCAACACAUUUUGUUGCAACACUGAUUGUUUUAAUAUUUGGCCUCGUUUUAACAGUAUCCAAAAAAAAAAAAUCUUGCGCCCACGUUUAUUUAAUUGGUCUGAGAAACGUUAUGAACGUUUUUAAUGAAAAGUAUUAAAAUAAAGAAUUUGGCUAUCCCCUUUA